AUGGGGGCCGGCCGUGGUCGUGGCCGUGGCAUCGGCGCGCAGCCGUCGAAUGAAGGCCAGAAUCCGCGGAGGAAUGAGCCUCGGCAGCCGGGCGCUAGCGGCGGCGGUGCAGCAGCAAGCGGACGGGGCAUUUACUCGGCGGUGAAAUUUGUAUACGAGUACGAAACUGUUCGCGGGGGAGGAUAUGACACAGGAGACCUUGACGAGGCGAGGGGUUCAGAGCAGAGAGAGAUGACUGUGACGGGUGCGGCAGAGCACGGAGGUAAGGAGGACAUUGGGGGAGCGGCAGCGGCAGAGGGGCGAGCAGGGCAGGGAUCGAGCAACGGUGCGGAGUGGCAUGGGAGGAAGGCGCGCGGUGUGUGGUUGAGGCUGGCCUGCGGAUCCUCGCGGGCUCAAGGUCGGGGGGGCGGGAGAGGUGCUGCUGGUGGUGUUACUGCGGGUGCAAGCGGCCACAGGGGCCUCGGGUACGGCUCCCACAGGGUGGAGGUAUCGAGUGGUGGCUGGGCGGGCGAGGGUACCGCGAGGACGUUUAGGCCAGGCGGAGUGCUGCGAGGGGACGGCGAGGGUGGGAAGCAGGCGGACAAAGGCGCGCACGCAGGGGAUGGGGAAGAAGGAACGGACGGAGGGGAUGCCAAGGAGAGGGGGUUGGAAGGGGAGGAAGAGGACGAGGCGAUGGUGGUGGAGGAGAAAGUGCAGGGCGACAAAGGAGGAGGUGAUGGGACGGGGCAGCAGAGCAGGAGUGGGGAGACAGCAGAGACUGUAUCUAGUGACUCGCAGGUGGGAGGGGGCAGCAGAGCAGGAGGGGGCAGCAGAGCAGGAGGAGGCAGCAGAGCAGGAGGUGGCAGCAGAGCAGGAGGGGGCAGCAGAGCAAGAGGGGGCAGCAGUGGCGUGGAGAGGGAGGAGGUGGCGCUGCAGCGGCAUUUGCGCGUGGUGUGUGAGGACGAACGCGGGCGUGCCAUGACUGAGGUGGGGGAGACAGCUGUGUUGGGGCCGGCGGUGGGAGCAGAGCAGGGCAGGGCGUUGGCGGUGCUGCCUGUGUUCUUCGACAGAGGUGGCUCCUCCACUGGGGCGCACGCACAGGCUCAGCCCCGCUCGGAUGCACCGUGUGUUGCUGCUGCUGCCCCUCCUGCUUCUGCUGUCGCUGAAGCUGGUGCCAUGAGCCUGUCUAAGGCAGCUACUGGGUCAGCUACUGGGUCAGCUACUGGGGCAGGGUCUGCUGCAGGAACGUGCGAGGUGCUGCCUGUGGUGGAGGAGAGGGUGGGCCUUUUACCUGUUUUGGAUGACAGGCACAAGCGCUUGCCUCUGUCCGCAGGAGCAGUGGGAGCAGCGGGAGCAGGGGAAGUUACGUGUCCUGCAGACGUGGCAGUGCGGUUUGAGAGGCUCCACGUGGGCGUGGAGGCCAUAGGGGCGGGCGGCAUGGGUGGGGAGGCGGAGGGAGGGGCGGAAGGCGAGGAGAAGGAGGGGCGAGACGGCAAUGGAGUGCAGCAAGGAAGUAGAGGCCCAGGGGGGUCACCAGGCCAGGGAGGUCUAGGGGGUCAAGUGGGUCAAGGGAGUCAAGGGGGUGAAGGACAGCAGUGGGGUGAGGCGGGUUGGCAGCGAGGCAGGGGAAGGGGGCGUGGGGGGAGAGGUAGAGGCAGGGGCGGUGGGGGGAGGAGGGGCAGGGGAGACGAGCAGCAGGUGGAGGUGGGGAGUGGGCAGUGGGCGUGGGGGCGGGGGCAGGGCGGAAUGUUGGAGGGGGGAGUAGAGGACGUGGGGUAUGUGACUGUUGGUGGUGUGACUGUAUCGACAGGUGGAGGUGGGGGUUGGCGUGGGGGGUAUGAAGGGCAGGGGUAUGUGGGUGGAGGGAGGCAGGGACGUGGAAGGGGUGGGGUUGCAGGGAGGGGUAGGGGGAGGGGUAGGGGUGGGGAAAGGGGUGGGGGGAGGAGAGGUGGGAUGGGGAGAGAAGGAGAGAGUGCGGAGGAAGAUGAGAGUGGGGAAGAGAGUGAGGAGGGGAGCGAUAGUAGCAUCGAUGCUGACGUGGCACUGGACUUUAUGGAUAACCUGGUGAAUGACAGCGACGAUGCGAGCAUGGAGGAGGGCGAAGAGGAGGAGACGGAUGAAGAGGUGGUGGUGACGGAGGGUAGGGUGGCAGACGCAGACAAGGUAGCAGAGGAACAAGUGGGGGAGGAAGAGGCAGAGGAACAAGUGGGGGAGGAAGAGGCAGAGGAAGACGCAGGGGAGGAAGAGGCAGAGGAACAAGUGGGGGAGGAAGAGGCAGAGGAAGACGCAGGGGAGGAAGAGGCAGAGGAACAAGUGGGGGAGGAAGAGGCAGAGGAAGACGCAGGGGAGGAAGAGGCAGAGGAACAAGUGGGGGAGGAAGAGGCAGAGGAAGACGCAGGGGAGGAAGAGGCAGAGGAACAAGUGGGGGAGGAAGAGGCAGAGGAAGACGCAGGGGAGGAAGAGGCAGAGGAACAAGUGGGGGAGGAAGAGGCAGAGGAAGAAGUGGGGGAGGAAGAUGCAGGGGAGACAUUCAAGGAGGAGGACGAAGGCAAGGCGGGCGAGGAUGAGGAGGUGGACGAGGGGGACGGCGAAGAAGCAGAUGCAGUGGAGGGCGAGAGCGAGGGCGAGAGCGAGAGCGAGGGCGAGGGCGAGAGCGAGAGCGAGGGCGAAGGCGGAGUGUGGUACGAGGAGGAGCGUCACACUGGGCUGGGGUACUGCCCUGGUGGCUCCGUGCCCUCUCCCGAGGCGUUCUGGAACCACCUCAAGCGCGCCAGGGGCUCGAAGCAGGGGGGGCAGGCGGGCGACAGAGGAGGAUCGAGGGCAGGCGGGGCGGCAGGACAGGACGAAACGAGGAAGGGCAGUGAAGCAGGAGAGCUGGAUGCUGGCGUGGAUGGGGAGGGGGAGAAAGGUGAAGGGGAGGAAGGGCAUUCAGAGAAGGGGGGGCGGAAGGGCGAAAGGGAGGAGGAAGAAGAGAGUGAAGGGGAGGAGGAAGAGAGUGAGGAGGAAGAGGGGGAGGAGGAAGGGGAGAGCGAGGAGGGCAUGGAGGAGGAGCUGGGCGAGGAGUGGGAGAGAGAGCUUGAGGCGGCCUACCAGCGGGAGCUGGCUCGCCGCCAGCAAGGCAAGGGCAAGGGCGCGGCCUCUGCUGCUCCUGCUCCCCCUGCCCCGCCUCUGCUGCCCCUAGGGGGGAUGGGGCGCGGGGCAAAGAAGGCUGCGAGGAAGGCGAAGAGGGCCCUGGCGAAGCAAGCAAAGAAGGCAGCUAAAGCGGCGGGCAGCAAGAAGGGGCGCAGGAAGCAGGCAAUGGAGCUGAAGCGCAUGCAGCGCGCCAUGGGCUUCAACCCCGAUGCUGCUGACGUGGACCUCAUGUGCCUCAACCAGGGCAUGCAGCAGGUGGCGGUGGGGCGAGUGGACGUCUUUGCGUCGCCACCAUUGACACAGCACCAGUUCUCCAUGGACGGUGAUGAUGACGAGGAUGAGGAGGAUGAAAGUGGGGAGGAGGAGAGCGAAGGGAGUGAGAGUGAGGAGACUGAUGGGAGUGAGGAGGGUGGGGACAGUGAUGGGAGUCCCGAGAGUGAGGAGGAUGGGGAAAGUGAGGGAAGCAGUGAGGCAGAAGAUGCGUUUCUUGAGUUGGAGGAAGAGGAGUGGCUUGUGCCGGGGGAGGUGAGUCGUGUGUCGCGCAAGCAGCAGAGGGCGCAGGCGCAGGCGCGACUGAUGCAGGCACUGGGGGAGCGCAUACAGCGGGACAAGGCAGCGCGGAAGAAGGCACUGCGGGAGAUGGCACGGGAGGGGAAGGGGCGGAGGGGAAGGGAGAGAGCGCUUUGUGGAGAGGAGGAGACUCUGUGGAGGAGGAAGGGAGGAGGGCUGGUGCGAGCUGGGGGAGGUAGUGGGAGGCGGGGAGUGAGGGAGGGGCGGGUGGGUGGUGGGUCAGGAAGGCAGGGGUAUGCGUCGAAUCCUGUGGUGUUUGUGUCACGGGGUAUCAUGGCCACCGAUGUGCUUGUAACAGAUGAGGCCGACCAGGAGGUGAGUGAGGUUAAUGUGACUGUACAGAAUGUGCAGCAGCCAGGCUCAGAAGUAGAGGAGGCUUCAGGGGUUUUGACAAAUGAGGAAGGUUCAGAAAGGGGUGUGGCUGUAGCCGGUGGUGUGAGUACCACAUGUGGCGUGGUGGGUGUUAGGGCAAUAGAUGCUGUUGCUGUUGCCAGUGCAGGGGCCCCUGUUGCGGUGCAGGAGCAGGGACAGGCGGCUGGCAAGGCCAGUGGCCAAGAGAGGAAGAAUGUACAGAACAGAGGCCGGGUGAAGGGAAGUAGGGAGGGCAGCGGAGAUGCUAGACGAGGCCAAGGAGGGCGAGGUGUCAGGGGUGGCCCAGGGAGGGAAGGUAGGAGCAGUGCGGGCAGCUCUGGUGUGGCAGCAGAUUUUGCAAGUUUUGAGGCGCACACGAGGGGGUUCGGGUCGCGCAUGAUGGCACAAAUGGGUUUCCGCGUUGGCUCUGGCCUUGGGAAGGACAAGCAGGGCAUUUCCGAGCCUGUGCAGGCUGAACUACGCCCCAAGGGUCUUGGACUUGGAGCCCACAUUGACGUCAACAGCGACGGAGCAGAGCACCCGAUUCAGGAAUCUCCUGUUCCGGAAGACAUUGAAAGCGAGAUGGACAGUGUAGACGAGCGGCAUGAUUCAGGGGAAUCGGAGCACUUGGAGGGAACUGCGCCGGUUAACCACACCAACGCCGACCCCGGACACGGGGAUGACGGGUCAGAAGACGGGGAAAGCGGAAAUUUUCCACUGCCACCGCCACCGCCUCCGCCUUCGCCCUCACCUCCGCCAGUGGUGUGCGCGGGGGCGUGCUCGCAACGGGAGUGGGAGGCGCUGAGUCCGAGCGCGACGGAGGGGCGGUGCGCGUGCGUGCACCCCGCGGAGCUGGCGGUGCGGCUGUCCAACGCGACGGCCGUGGAGAUGCACUUCGCAUCCUUCGUCCACGAUUUAGCGGAGCAGCGGCGCCUGCCCGACUCGUGCAUCCUGCUUUUGAGGCGCCUCAAGAAUACGUGCGCGUCCCCCCCCCCACCCCUCUCGCCUGUUUAUCAGGACCUGGCGGAGCAGCUGCGCCUACCCGAGACAUCCAUCCUGCGCCGCUCCCUCUCCCGCACCGACCACACCGCCGCUGUCGUCACUCUGCUGCUGCUGCCGCGCUAUCAGACCACCUUCCCCAGAAGCUUCCUGGUGCAGGUGGACGCGCGGAUGAGGCGGCACCAGAUACACCUGGAUGCCAGGCUCGGCUCCAGUAGCAGCAGCCUUGUCUCGGGCACUGCCGUGGGAGGGAUGGGCGCACAGGCACAGGCAGGGGGGAACGGAGCGGGGGCGAAUGGGGGCGAGCAGCAGGGGAUGAGCGUGAACAUGGUGUUGCUGCUGGUGGGGGGGGCAGUGGUGGUGGCAGCAGUGGCAGUGGGUGCCAUGCUGUACUGUGCGUGUGUGCCUCGCCGCACCACUGAUGACGCCAUGCCAUCUGAGCCAGAGGUGCUGAUCAAGGGCAAGCGGGCAAGCAGCGACCUGCACCACCCAAUCCUUCCUGCACACUCGGAUGAGAAUGCGGAUGGGGAUGCAGAUGCGGAUAGCUCGUCCCCUUGCUGCCUCGGGUCAAGCACAGCUGGUUUCACGGCAGGGGCGGCAGGGGCGUACAGGAGGAUGGGUGCAAGUGAGGACGGAGCGGCCUUGUUGGGGCGCCAUAAGGCUGGGGUUAGUGAUGCGGGGCCUGCUGCUGCAUCCACUGCUGCACUGCCCACACCAGGGUUGGGUCACCGGCAGGGCAGUGAGGGCGUCAACGAUGGGAGGGUUGCAGGAGGCAGCGGGAAGGGAGGAUUGGGUGGGCUCUCCUGUGUGCGGGAGUUCUCAUUCCAAGAAAUGGCUCUCGCAACCAACAAGUACGAAUCCGUAACUCACAUCCUGAUCCCAAUUACUCGCGCUGUGACUCCAUUGCCACUCUACUUUCACUCUCUCCCCUUAACCCUUACAUAUCUCAUUAUAGUUCAACCAAAACCCCCACCAGCCCCCCAUUUCCCUCCAAUCCCUCAGCCCUCAAAACCCCCAGCAGCCCUCCAUUCCUCUCUCGUUCCUCCCUUUGCCACUUCAUUCUCCUUCCAUCUCUCCCCUCUCCACCCCACCUGCAGCUUCCACGAAUCGUCAGUCCUGGGGGAGGGCGGAUUUGGGCGAGUCUACCGCGGCACCAUCCCACCCCCACCGCACUCCACCCCCUCCUCCCCUGCUGCUCCUAUCGAAGUAGCAAUAAAGAGGAUGGACCGUGGGGGCCGGCAGGGCGACAGAGAGUUCCUAGUAGAGGUGGAGGUUCUAUCUCGCCUGCACCACCGCCACUUAGUUAAGCUCCUGGGCUACUGUGUAGCACCAGGCGAGCACAUGCUGUGCUACGAGCUGCUACCUAACGGUAGCCUGCACUCGUGGCUGCACGGGCCGCACUCCCAUCGCUCCUUCCUCAACUGGCCGGCGCGGGUCAGCAUAGCAGUGGGUGCGGCGCGGGGCCUGGCGUAUCUGCACGAGGGGUCACAGCCGGCGGUGAUUCACCGCGACUUAAAGCCGUCUAAUAUCCUGCUGGACGCACGCAUGAACCCCAAGCUCGCUGACUUUGGGCUCGCCAAGGCGGCGCCACAAGGGGUGGAUGAGCACGUGUCCACACGCGUCAUGGGCACCUUUGGGUACGUGGCGCCAGAGUACGCAAUGACGGGCCACCUAAUGGUGCCCAGCGACGUGUACAGCUUCGGGGUGGUGCUGCUGGAGCUGCUGUCAGGCCGCAAGGCUGUUGACACCUCCAGGCCACUCGGCCAGGAAAGCCUCGUGCUCUGGGCCCGUCCGCUGCUCGCCAAGCCAUCCCGCUACCGCCACCUGCUGGACCCGCGCCUGCUCGCCUGCCCUUCACUGCCCCCCCCUGCUGCUCUGCACACCAUGGCAGCGCUCGCCCACGCCUGCGUCCACAGCGACCCCGCCGCCCGCCCCUCCAUGAGCACCGUCGUCGAGCUGCUGCGCCGCGCACAACAGACAAGCAACGUCGACCAGAAGCAGCCGUCACUUGCGUCGCAGCUGUCGCUGGAUACACUGUGCGUGGCGUCGCUCUGUGUGCAAGAGCAGGGCGGGCCGAUCAUGCCCUGUGAUUCCAACCCUGAUUCAUCCCUGGCGGCCCACAGUUCCCGUUGUGACUCCAUUUCGUUGUGUGUGGUCAGGCAAAGGGUCUCCUGUGUAGACAUCAAGCGCUCCAGAUGUCAACCUGAUGACAGAGCCUUCAUGCUCGUUCGAGCCCUGGGCUGGACGAAGCAUUUUUCAAGGAGUCUCUCCUGA